CCUGAAGUGUUGUAGGAAUUGAUUUCCACAGCAACAAUAUUGUAAAGACCAACACAAAUCAAGUAAACUCCCUAUCAAAGCCUUGACUAUUAUCAACAUGUCAGCAACUAUUGAAGUCCCAGCUUCCUAUUCAUCACUGUCCUUCAAGGACAUUACCGUCUCGCAUGUGCCAGCAGACUCGCCUACCGCUACUAAGGUUCUGAUUUUAGCCUUUAACCGUCCAGAUAAGCAUAAUGCUGUUACCGAGAACCUGCUUACUGAGCUUGAGACGGCCUAUCGAAUUAUUGAUCAAGACGAGCGAGUUCGGGCUGUUGUUCUGACUGGCACAGGGAAGGCUUUCUGCGCGGGAGCAGAUCUCCAGAUCGGCUUUUCUGGGCUGAUGGCUCAUAAAGCGAGCGAAGAGUCCAUUGCCAGAUAUAGAGACCAGGGAGGGCAAGUCGCUCUAGCAAUUGCCAACUGCACCAAACCCACCAUUGUCGCCAUGAACGGCCCGGCAGCAGGCUUCGGGCUCACCAUUACCUUCCCCGCCACCAUCCGCGUGGCCUGGUCUGGAGCAAAAGUCGCUCUACCUUUUGCCCGUCUGGGUCUGAGCCUCGAGUCUUGUAGUGCCUAUUUUCUUCCGCGCUUGGUCGGUCUAGCUAAGGCGAUGCAUAUUGUCACUACUGGUGAUACCUACGUUGCCUCCGACCCACUCGUCAGUCCUUUAUUCUCGAAGCUCCUUCCGACUCCUCAAGAAACUGUGGCGUACGCCGUGGAGCUUGCGUCCAACAUUGGAGAGAAUACCUCCCUUACCAGUACUAAGUUUAUGAGGGACAUGCUGUUGUAUAAUUCCGACACUCCAGAAGAAAUGCAUAAGUUGGACUCGAAGGUCUUCAUCUCUCUUGUUGGGUCCCAGGACAAUGUGGCAGCAUCUUGCAUCUGUGACUGCACGCCAUCACUCUUCGUGAACAUGGCCGAUACUAUGUCAAAUAUGUCAAGCUUUGUCUGGUCAUCAAUGGCGUCGUUUCUCAGUUGGAGAACGCUGGCGUACGUAUUCAUGUUGACGAAUCUCAAGUCUUUACAUUUCAUGUGGUUUGCACGUUUCCUUCGUGCUUUCGUCCGCCGACUUACCGACUCUGCUCCUGAGAAACAUCUUUCUCCUCGAUGCAUUUUUCUCCCUGCAAUCAGCGCCACGCGAUCCCCAGCAUUAGAAUGCGAUUAUAAUCUCCACAAGUCAAACUCGACAUAUUUCACAGAUAUGGACAUGUCUCGUGGCAACUUCAGUCUCGUUCUCUUCGGCAGGGCUUUUAAUCCAUUGCCAGGGCCAACGCACUUCACUAUGAUUUUGGGCGGCACAACGUGUACGUGGCGCAAGGAGAUCAAGCCAUAUGCCCGAUACGAGCUGUGGACCCGGGUUCUCUCGUGGGAUGAGAAAUGGUUAUACGUGGUAACUCAUUUCGUCAAGUCUGGUGUUUUCCACCCGACCGAGUUUGUGAUGCAACCUUAUAAGAAGUCGAAGACAGCCAAGGGACAGGAGAAAGAGGAUGUUGAUACGCUCAAAUCGGUUUAUGCGUCUUCCGUGGCUCGCUACGUCUUUAAGAACAACAGACGCACCAUACCACCAGAGGAAGCGCUCCGGAAAAGCAACCUGCUUCCUAACGAUGAGGCUAGCUUGGCAGAUAUUGAGAAGAAAAGGGCGAGCAGUCUUGCAGUCUUCCAUUCGUAG